AUGGACGACGAGCUACAGAGCCAGGGGCAAGGGCAAGCCGCGGCGCCACCGUCUCCGCCGCCUCCGCCGGCGCCGGAAUCGCAGGGAGGCGAGGAGGCGGAGGAAGAGGACGAAGAGGAGGAGCCGAGGAAUGAAGACGAUGAAAUGGUGGCCAAGGCUCAGAAGCUCAUGGAUAAGGUUAUGGCUUCGCCUAACAACCCCAGCGCCACUGUUCUUCACGCUCUGGCUUCACUUCUUGAAACGCAGGAGAAACGAUACAUGGACGAGACUGGUCAUUCUUCCAGCAAUGGUCGCGGUUCUCAUACCGUUGGACGGCUAGGGACCGUGGUUCGGGACCAUGAUGAUUUCUUUGAAUUGAUAUCUACCAAGUAUUUGUCAGAUACAAGAUACUCUGCAUCCGUCCAGGCAGCUGCUGCAAGGCUGUUUCUGAGCUGUUCAGUAAAUGUGAUUUAUCCUCCUGUUUUUGAAGAAGACGUUUUGGAGAAAAUAAAGGACUGGGUGAUGGAUGAGACUUCGAGUGUCUCGGUUGAAUACCAGAACUGGAAGCAUGAUUUGGGGGGAAAGGAGGUCUCAGAUUUUGAAAUGCUGAAGACAUAUUCUACUGGACUUCUUGCUUUGUGUUUGGCUGGGGGCGGUCAAGUAGUGGAAGAUGUGUUGACGUCUGGAUUAUCAGCCAAACUUAUGCGUUAUCUUCGUGUCCGUGUUUUGGGGGAGUCAAGUAUUAGUCAGAAGGAUUCUAGUCAUUUAACAGAGAAUAAAAAUACCUCCGGGGUAAGAGGAAGAGAUGAAGGUAGGGGUAGGGUUCGGCAGGUUCUGGAAACAACUCAUUUUGAGGAUCCAAGGAUAACAAGUGAGAGAUGCUUAGAUGAAGCGUCUGGAGGAGAUCAUUGGGUUGAUGGUGGAGAACCACCUGAUGGAAUGGAUGAAGGGGUUGAGAUCAAUGAUAUUGAUGGCAGUGAAUCUCGUGAUGGGAAAGUUAAAUUUGGUGAUUUUGAUGAAAAUGGGAGAGAUGACUCCUCAAGGCGCAGACCUAACCGUGGAUGGGCACGAUCUAGAGGGAAGGGAAGGGCAAACGAAAGCAGUGUAGAAAAUGAACAGCUGUUGACCUCACCAGGAUCUGCUGUUCGGUUGGGUCAAGGGCGAAGCUUUAGAGACAAGGGUACACCAAAGAAUUCAGAUAUGAAAAAAGUACUAGAUUCUAAGAAGUCUUUGAGCAGGAAUGCUUCUGAUGUUUUGUUUCUGGAAAGAGAGGAUAAUGAUGAGUGCUUCCAGGAUUGCACUGUUGGAAGUAAGGAUAUUACUGAUCUUGUAAAAAAAGCAGUUAGAGGUGCGGAAGCUGAAGCUAGAGCAGCCAAUGCACCUGCAGAAGCCAUCAAGGCUGCUGGUGAUGCUGCUGCUGAAGUUGUCAAAACUGCAGCUCUAGAGGAAUUCACUACAACAAAUAACGAAGAAGCUGCAGUUUUGGCUGCUUCAAGAGCAGCAUCUACCGUAAUUGAUGCUGCCAAUUCAAUUGAAGCUCUAAGGUAUGCUGAACCAAUAACUUCAAGCGCUGAACCUCAAAAACAUGAAGAUGUUGAAGAAUUCUUUAUUCCAAGUGUUGAAUCCCUUGCACAGUUGAGAGAAAAAUACUGUAUUCAAUGUCUCGAGACUCUUGGAGAAUAUGUUGAAGUUCUUGGACCUGUAUUGCAUGAGAAGGGAGUAGACGUGUGUCUUGCCUUGUUGCAACGAAAUUCAAGACAUAAAGAACCGUCAAAGGUCGCAAUGCUUUUGCCUGAUGUAAUGAAGCUCAUAUGUGCUUUGGCUGCUCACCGGAAAUUUGCUGCAUUGUUCGUGGAUAGGGGUGGCAUGCAGAAACUACUCGCUGUCCCUAGAGUUCCUCAAACCUACUUUGGCCUUUCUUCUUGCUUGUUUACAAUUGGUUCGCUGCAGGGUAUAAUGGAGCGUGUAUGUGCUCUUCCCUCAGACCUGGUUUACCAGGUGGUUGAGUUGGCUCUCCAUCUUCUAGAGUGCUCACAGGAUCAAGCUAGGAAAAAUGCAGCCUUAUUUUUUUCUGCUGCAUUUGUUUUCAGGGCAGUUCUUGACGCUUUUGAUGCUCAGGAUGGCUUAAAGAAAGUACUGUGCCUUUUAAAUGAUGCAGCAUCAGUAAGAUCUGGAGUAAAUUCUGGGACACUCUCUACCUCAGGCUCACUUCGAAAUGAUAGGUCACCGACAGAAGUACUGACCUCAUCAGAGAAACAGAUUGCUUAUCACACCUGUGUUGCUUUGCGUCAGUACUUUAGAGCUCAUUUUAUUUUGCUUGUGGAUUCUCUUCGUCCAAAUAAAAACAGUCGAAGUGCAGCCCGAAAUCUUCCCAGUGUAAGGGCAGCUUACAAGCCACUUGACCUUAGCAAUGAAGCUAUUGAUGCAGUAUUUCUGCAGUUACAGAAGGACCGGAAGCUUGGUCCUGCAUUUGUAAGAACUCGUUGGCCUGCAGUUGAUAGGUUUUUGGGAUAUAAUGGACAUAUUACUAUGUUGGAGUUAUGCCAGGCUCCACCUGUUGAGCGCUAUCUACAUGAUUUACUUCAAUAUGCAUUGGGUGUUCUGCACAUUGUUACAUUGGUACCUAGUAGUCGCAAGAUGAUUGUGAAUUCGACAUUAAGCAACAAUCGUGUUGGUAUAGCAGUUAUUUUGGAUGCAGCAAGUGUUAAUGGUAGUUAUGUGGACCCCGAGAUUAUUCAGCCAGCUCUAAAUGUGUUGGUCAAUCUUGUCUGUCCUCCACCUUCAAUCAGCAACAAACCACCUUUACAUGCACAAAGUCAGCAGUCUGUUUCUGCUCCAACCUCAAAUGCUCUUGCUAUAGAGAAAAGUACUGAGCGUAACAUCUCAGAUCGAGCUGGGGAAUCAGCUCUUGCAGCACAGGCUACUGGUACACAGUUGAACAGUAGCAAUGCACAAUCCUCAGCAUUGGUUGGGGAUCGCAGGAUAUCUUUAGGAGUUGGGGCGGGUUGUGCCGGGCUUGCAGCACAACUGGAGCAAGGGUAUCGGCAAGCAAGAGAGGCUGUUCGUUCCACCAAUGGUAUAAAGGUUCUGCUGCAUCUUCUCCAACCACGCAUAUAUUCUCCUCCUGCCGCACUCGACUGUUUACGUGCCCUUGCUUGCAGAGUCCUUCUUGGUUUAGCGAGAGAUGAUACAAUUGCACACAUAUUGACAAAGCUUCAGGUUGGAAAGAAACUAUCAGAACUAAUCCGAGAUUCUGGGAGCCAAACACAAGGAGCUGAGCAAGGCAGGUGGCAAUCUGAACUUUCGCAGGCAGCAAUCGAGUUGAUGGCGAUUGUGACCAAUUCUGGACGUGCUAGCACAUUGGCUGCCACUGAUGCCGCAAUGCCAACUUUGAGGCGCAUAGAACGGGCAGCGAUAGCAGCUGCCACUCCUAUCACUUACCAUUCCAGGGAACUUUUGCUUCUAAUACAUGAACACCUACAGGCAUCUGGUUUGGCUACAACAGCCGCUUCACUGCUAAAAGAGGCCCAGUUGGUGCCUUUGCCAUCCUUGGCUGCCCCGUCAUCUCUUGUUCAUCAAGCUACACAAGAAGCGUCAUCUUUGCAACUUCAGUGGCCCUCUGGUCGUGCCCCUAUUGGUUUUCUUACCAAUAAAUCAAAGAUAGCAAGGGAGGAGGAUUCAAGCUUGAAAUGUGAUUCUUCUAUCUCAUACUCUAAGAAAAGACCUUUGGUUUUCUCUCCAAAUUUGUGUCUUCAGUCAAAGAAUCAAUCCCAGCCCCAUGACUCUCACCCAACGUUGGCUACAAAUGUCUUCAGUACAUCUAAAGAGUUAUCUGCACCUGCAAAUACAUCAGAAGCUCCAUCGGAAAUACUGCCCAAGCCUAAUAUGGAUACAGAUUACCAAUGUAAGACACCCAUCCUGUUGCCAAUGAAAAGAAAAUUACCCGAGUUAAAUUUGCCAUCAUCUGGGAAACGCAUCCAUACGGGGGAUCAGGGAUAUCGGUCUCCAAUUUUUCCCACACCCAAUAUUGUGCGGAAAAGUGGUCUACUAACUGAUCUGGCUGGGUUCUCUACCCCUACUUUCAACAUGAGAGAUCAACAUGGUCGAUCCACACCUGCUUGUUUUUCAUCAGAGUGUUUGGAUGAUAACCAGUAUGGUAAUUCUAGUAUAGGUCUUGCAACGCCAUCCACCCAACUUGGGCUUCAGAGCGAUCCUCAACCAAGCAACUCAGAAAGGUUGACUCUUGACUCUUUGGUUGUUCAGUAUCUGAAGCACCAGCAUCGCCAGUGUCCUGCCCCUAUAACCACUCUUCCACCACUGUCCCUGUUACAGCCACAUGUUUGUCCCGAACCUAGACGAACCCUUGAUGCCCCUGCAAAUGUCACUGCCCGGCUUGGCACUCGUGAGUUCAGAAGUAUGUAUGGCGGGGUUCAUGGAAAUCGCAGGGAUCGUCAGUUUGUUUAUAGUAGGUUCCGGCCAUGGCGGACUUGUAGAGAUGAUACUGGUAACCCUUUGACAUGCAUCUCUUUUCUUAGUGACACUGCUCGUAUCGCAGUAGGCAGUCAUGGUGGAGAACUCAAAAUCUUUGAUUCUAAUAGCAGCAACGUAUUGGAGAGUUGUCCAAGCCACCAGUCUCCGGUGACACUUGUUCAGACGUAUCUUUCAGGUGAAACUGAAUUGGUGCUCUCUUCUAGUUCAGAAGACGUGAGGUUGUGGGAUGCAUCGACAGUCGCUACUGGACCAAUGCAUUCAUAUGAAGGGUGCAAGGCUGCAAGAUUUGGCAAUUUUGGGGAUGUUUUUGCAGCCCUAUCGUCAGAGCCGGCCCAAAAAGAAAUUCUUAUAUAUGAUAUCCAAACUAACCAGUUGGAAUCAAAACUGUCAGAUACAGCUGCUAGCACAGGCCGCGGACAUUCAUAUUCUCAUAUACACUUUAACCCUUUAGACACAAUGCUGCUGUGGAAUGGUGUCCUGUGGGACAGGCGGGUUUCCAGCCCUGUUCAUCGGUUUGAUCAGUUUACAGAUUAUGGGGGUGGGGGCUUCCAUCCUACUGGGAACGAGGUGAUUAUAAACUCUGAGGUGUGGGAUCUCCGGAACUUUAGACUCCUCCGAAGUGUACCUUCGUUAGACCAAACUACAAUAACUUUUAAUGCCCGUGGUGAUGUAAUUUAUGCAAUUCUCCGAAGAAAUCUUGAUGAUGUGAUGUCUGCGGUGCAUACCCGUCGUGUAAAGCAUCCUCUGUUUGCUGCUUUCCGCACAGUGGACGCAGUUAACUACUCAGACAUUGCCACUAUUCCGGUUGAUCGUUGUGUACUCGAUUUUGCAACUGAGCCAACUGAUUCUUUCCUUGGGCUGAUCACAAUGGAUGACCAAGAUGAGAUGUUUGCAUCUGCUAGGGUUUAUGAAAUUGGUCGCCGAAAGCCGACAGAUGAUGAUUCUGAUCCUGAUGAUGCCGAGAGUGAAGAUGAUGAUGACGAUGAGGAAGAUGAUGACGAUGCGGACAUGGACACUUUACUGGGUCCUGAUCUCGACGGGGAUGAUGAUAGUGACAUGAGUAAUGACGAUGAUGAUGAUAGUGGGAGCGACCUAGAUGACGACGAUGAGGGAGAUUACAUUAUGGAUGGGGACUUUGACGGAGGAGGUGGAAUGCUUGAGAUUUUGACAGACGGCGACGAAGAGGACGACGAUAGUGAUGAACUGGUGGAAUCCUUUAGCAGUGGCGAUGAGGAAGAUUUUGCAGGCCAUGGUUUUGGUUAUUAACCGUAACAUACGUAUCAUCUGAAUGAUUAGAAAAUGGUGCUGGUAGAUGAGCAGAUAAUGUAAUUAUGAUCUUUUUGAGUUUUUUUCCCUCGAUUUGUUUACCAGUGAGAAAGAGGCUUAGCUUCAUUCAUCUUUUAUACAUCCAUCUUA